AUGGUCAAUCCUCUUCUCCGUAAACUUUUUGGGAGCAUGGUAGAGCGUAGAAUUAAUAGGUUGGUAGAAGGUGAAGAUGUGGCAACUAAGCCACCAGUAGGAAAUAUUGUAGUUGAAAACAUUGUAAUUGGGGUAGAACAACAAACUGAAAAAUCAAAUGAACCCCUGGACACAAGAAAGGUAGAGACCACAGGUGUGCUUACUGAUGCAUCUACUGAGCCACCGGCAACUACUGAAACUCAAAAACCUACUAAGUCACCGGCAGUAGAUAGUACAGAGGUAAACAAAGAAAAAUUGGUAGUGGACACCACAAUAAAAUCUUCAGAGGCACAAACAGAGACACCAUCAGGAGAGGACACUAAGAAACUGGUAGAGCAACAGCUCCAUACUGAGAAAAACAUUGAGAAACAGGUAGAGCAACAUGCUCCUUCACAGACAAUGCCAUCGGCCACAUCUGACAAGCCCAAGCCUUUGGUAGUAGAAAUGAAAACUCAAACUGAUCCUCCAGAGAAAGAGGAAAGCAAAGCUAUCACUACCACUGACAAAUUACAGAUUGUAAAAAUAGUUGGACAGACACUCAGAACCUCUAUGUUUGAAUUUAGACCUACUAGUGUAACAGAGGUACUAUUAGAUUAA